AUGGCAAACAAAACUGCAGUCAACACGGCCAAUGCGCCCAAGGCCCUCCCGGGCAUCUACAAUCAAGCCAUUGUCGCGAAUGGCAUGGUCUUCUGCUCGGGUGUGGUGGCGCUUGACAAGGACACCAUGAAGAUCAAGGAGGGUGAUGUGAAGGCCCACACCCAUGACAUUAUACAGAACCUCUCUGCCAUACUGGAGUCUGCCGGUACAAGUCUCGAACAUGCCGUCAAAGUGAAUGUGUUCCUGUCCAACAUGGACGACUUUGCCGCCAUGAAUGAGGUGUACAUGCAAUACUGGGGCGACGUCAAGCCUUGCAGAACCUGCGUUGCUGUGAAGACUCUGCCUUACAACACGGACGUCGAGAUUGAGUGUUCUGCGGUUUUCCCCUGA